ACUCGUGCAUCCCUCAUGAAUGAACUCUCUGCUCUUGUGCUUUAAGAGGAUUAAGAAAUUGUACGGAGUUUUUUUUCCGCCGUCUCCCACCCCCCCUCAAAUUUUGUAUGCAUUUUUCUAAACUGUCAUGGCGUUUUGUGUCCUUGGAAAUAAAUGCGGGGGUAAAACCCAGUGUUCGGCAGCUGAUGGCCUGACUGAUGCAGCGACGGUGAAGAGAAACAUGAAGAUACAAAAUAAGGACAAACAGAUGUCUACUAUCCACUUACUAAAGCACACUCCAGCUACAGCAGCCUCUACUGCCACUGACCAAAAUGCACAAACUCCAUUUCCCAGCGGACCUUUAGGCUCCAAGGACCAGAUCAGGGUCCUAGGAGGCGGGCAGAUCAAUCACUGCAUGUCCCACGCCAAGCACCCCAGGAUGGGCGAGGCAGGCACUAGUUCAGGCAGCCUCAGCCCCUGCGCCCCCUCGUCACCCCUCAAUAGCGAGGAGGACGAUGGAGGAGGCGGGCGGCGGGCGAAGAAGAAGAAACGAAAGAAAAAAGACAAAAAGGGCGAGCCUGGUGCCGCCUGGCAGCACAAGGGCUCGGAGAAGGACAACAAACCAAAGAAAAAGAGGCAGCAGAAAGAAGGGAAGGAGCUGCUGCCAUGCAAGUCUAAGGCACCCAAGAAGUUGGAGGUCAAGGUGAAGGAGGUAAAGUCGCCGAAAGAGGCACCAAAAGAGGUGAAGAGAGGGAGGAAACCCAAGGUGCAGGCCCCGCCCCUGUCCAAGCCCCCUGCAGAAUGCAAGAGCGCCCCAUCUCCUCCCAGGCAGAGGGGCCGCAAACCCAGAGAGCAAGUCCUACAAGGGCCGGUACCAGUGGAGAAGAAGAAAAAGGGCAAGAGGAAAAGCGUGGCUGUCCUCCAGGAGGCUGGAGAGAGCGACGACGCGGCCUCCCUGUCCACGCUGGUCGUGGGGGGAGAGGAGAGCAUCGACCCCCUUGACAACACUAAGCGUCGCUCAGGGCGACAGGUGAAGCGCAGAAAGUACAACGAGGACCUGGACUUCAAGGUGGUAGAUGAUGACGGGGAGACCAUCGCCGUGCUGGGGACAGGCCGUAUCCCUGCCCUCAACGCUGCCACUCUCGCCUGGCAGGCUGAGGAGCCCCCUGAAGAUGAGGCAAACAUCAUUGAGAAAAUCCUGUCGGUUCGAACUGCGAAGAAAGAGGCAUCCCCUGAGGAGACACCUGAGGAGUCAGAGGAGUUCUAUGUCAAGUACAGAAAUUUCUCCUACCUGCAUUGUAAGUGGGCAACCUUAGAGGAUUUGGAGAAGGACCCUCGCAUACACCAAAAAAUCAAGCGCUUCAGGACUAAGCAGGCCCAAAUGAAGCACAUAUUUGUUGAGCCUGAUGAAGACCUCUUUAACCCUGACUACAUAGAGGUGGAUCGAAUUCUGGAGGUGGCCAUCACUACAGACACAGAGACAGGAGAGGAGGUGACACACUACCUAGUGAAAUGGUGCUCCCUGUCCUAUGAGGAGGCUACAUGGGAGCUUCAAGAGGACGUGGACCCGGGGAAGAUUCGGGAGUUCGAGGAGAUCAAGAGGAUCCCUGAAUACAAAUUUGUGGAGAGACCGCAGCCAGACAAGUGGCAGAAGCUGGACAAGUCCAAAGACUACCGAAAUGGGAAUCAGCUGAGAGAGUACCAGCUGGAAGGCAUGAACUGGCUGCUCUUCAACUGGUACAACAGGAAGAACUGCAUCCUGGCUGACGAGAUGGGCCUGGGGAAGACCAUCCAGUCCAUCACCUUCCUCUUCGAGAUGUUUUCCAUGGGCCUGCGGGGGCCCUUCCUCAUCAUCGCCCCCCUCUCCACCAUCACCAAUUGGGAGAGGGAGUUCCGUACCUGGACGGAGAUCAAUGUCAUCGUCUACCACGGCAGCCAGAUCAGCCGCCAGAUGAUCCACCAGUACGAGAUGUACCACAAGGACCAGCAGGGAAAUAUAGUGUCGGGCGGGUACAAGUUCCACGGCGUGAUCACCACCUUUGAGAUGAUCAUGGCCGACUGUCCAGAGCUGAAGAAGAUCCACUGGCGCUGCGUGGUCAUCGACGAAGCCCACCGCCUCAAGAACCGCAACUGUAAACUCCUGGAGGGCCUCAAGCUCAUGAACCUGGAACACAAAGUCCUCCUGACGGGUACCCCUCUGCAGAACUCGGUGGAGGAGCUCUUCAGUCUUCUCAACUUCCUGGAGCCCCUACAGUUCCCCUCUGAGAGCCUCUUCCUAGAGGAGUUUGGAGAUCUGAAGACUGAGGAACAGGUGAAGAAGCUGCAGGCCAUCCUGAAGCCCAUGAUGCUGCGGCGGCUGAAGGACGACGUGGAGAAGAACCUGGCACCCAAGGAGGAGACCAUCAUUGAGGUGGAGCUCACCAACAUGCAGAAGAAGUACUACCGUGCCAUCCUUGAGAAGAACUUCACCUUCCUGGCCAAGGGGGCCAACCAGCAUAACAUGCCCAACCUCAUCAACACCAUGAUGGAGCUGCGGAAGUGCUGCAACCACCCCUACCUGAUCAAAGGUGCGGAGGAGAAGAUCCUGGAUAGCUUCAGGAAAACACACAGCCCCGAUGCCUGGGACUUCAACCUCCAGGCCAUGAUCCAGGCGGCGGGGAAGCUGGUGCUCAUCGAUAAACUGCUGCCUAAGCUGAUUGCUGGCGGCCACAAGGUGCUGGUCUUCUCCCAGAUGGUGCGCUGCCUGGAUAUCCUGGAGGACUACCUCAUCCAGAGGAGGUACACCUAUGAGCGCAUCGAUGGCAGAGUGCGGGGGAACCUGCGCCAGGCUGCGAUUGACAGGUUCUGUAAGGUGGACUCAGACCGCUUUGUGUUCCUGCUGUGUACUCGUGCUGGGGGCCUAGGCAUCAACCUGACCGCUGCAGACACCUGCAUCAUCUUCGACUCGGAUUGGAACCCCCAGAAUGACCUACAGGCCCAAGCUCGCUGCCACCGCAUCGGCCAGAGUAAAGCAGUGAAGGUGUAUAGACUGAUCACUAGGAACUCCUAUGAGAGGGAGAUGUUUGACAAAGCCAGUCUGAAGCUGGGUCUAGACAAGGCCGUGCUGCAGGACAUCAAUCGAAAGGGCAGCCUCAAUGGGAUGCAGCAGAUGACCAAGAUUGAGGUGGAGGACCUGCUGAGGAAGGGGGCAUAUGGAGCACUGAUGGACGAGGAGGACGAGGGCUCCAAGUUCUGCGAGGAGGACAUCGACCAGAUCCUGCAGCGCCGCACACAAACCAUCACCAUUGAGACAGAGGGCAAGGGCUCCACCUUUGCCAAGGCCAGCUUUGUGUCUUCUGGAAACAGAACUGAUAUUUCCCUGGACGAUCCCAACUUCUGGCAGAAAUGGGCCAAAAUAGCAGAGCUGGAGAUUGAUUCCAAAGCAGAGAAGGAGAGCCUGGUGAUUGACACGCCUCGUGUGAGGAAGCAGACACGCCACUACAACUCGUUCGAGGAUGACGAGCUGAUGGAGUUCUCAGAGCUGGACAGCGACUCAGAAGAGAGGCCCUGUCGCACCCGCCGCCUCAGCGAGAGGAACAGACACUACCUCCGCGCCGAGUGCUUCCGCGUCGAGAAGAACCUGCUCAUAUUCGGCUGGGGUCGCUGGAAGGACAUCCUGACCCACGGGCGCUUCAAGUGGCAACUGGCCGAAUGUGACAUUGAGGUGCUGUGCCGGUCGCUGCUGGUCUACUGCGUGCGCCACUACAAGGGCGACGACAAGAUCAAGAGCUUUAUCUGGGACCUCAUCACACCCGCCAAGGAUGGCCAUAAACAGGACUUGCAGAACCACUCUGCAGGUCUGUCGGCCCCAGUGCCCAGGGGACGCAAGGGUAAGAAAUUAAAGAACCAGCUGAGUGUGCCUGAGAUGAAGCAUGCAGACUGGCUGGUCAACUGCAACCCAGAGGUGGUGCUGCAUGACGACAGCUACAAAAAACACCUCAAACAGCACUGCAACAAGGUACUUCUGAGGGUGAGGAUGCUGUACUACCUGAAGGCGGAGGUACUGGGAGAGGCUGCUGCCCAGUUCCUGGAGGGUAUUCCUGCCAGUAAACUGGAGGUGGCACUGCCUGACAUCGACUACAUCGAGAUCCCAGCUGGCUGGUGGGAUGCAGAGGCAGAUAAGUCUCUCCUCAUAGGGGUACACAAACAUGGGUACGAGCGGUACAACGCCAUGCGGGCCGACCCAGAGCUGUGUUUCUUGGAGAGGGUGGGCAUGCCUGAUGUCACAGCGCUCUCAGCCGAGCAGAGUGGAGGAGAGGUGAUGGCUGACCUCACUGACAGUAAUUGCAAAAGUGAUGACGUGAAAGACGAUCCUGAAAGCAAGCAAGAGGAGGGAGAGGAGGGAGUGGAAAGGGUUGAUAAUAAGGAUGAAACCAGCUCCAGCAAUGAUGCAAUGGACAAGCAUGACAUUGUUGUUCAAGACAUAGGACACGGGGUCCAGGAGGGCUUUGGCCAGGAAGAAUUGGGCCAGGAGGGCGUGGAGCUGAAGGGUCGCCCUCUGUGGCCCGCCGGCCCUAAUCUUACUGCCAGGCUGCGUCGCCUCAUCACAGCUUACCAGCGCUUCAUGCGGCGCGAGCCCCUGCGUCAUGACUUCUUGCUGCCAGGGGCAAGCCCGGGACCGAUGUCCUGGCAACUGGGGGAGGAGCUUAGGCACUGCACGGCAACCGCUGCCAAACCUGACCCUCUCUUCCUGGAGUGGCAGAGAAGGUGGGUGAUGAUGUCAGAGCAAAGGUGGACACGGCGUGAACAAGCAGAUUUCUACCGCACCGUGUCGUCGUUCGGAGUGGUGUACGACCCGGAGAAGAAAACCUUUGACUGGAGUCAGUUCCGCUCCUUCGCCCGGCUGGAGAGGAAAACGGACGAGAGCCUGGAGAGAUACUUCAGCAGCUUUGUGUCCAUGUGCCGCACCGCCUGCAGAUUGCCCCCCAGGAAGGACGAAGGGCCUCUGGACCACAAUCUGUUUGUAGAGCCCAUCACGGAGGAGCGAGCAGCACGCACUCUCUACCGCAUCGAACUGCUGCGCAAGGUCAGAGAGCAGGUGCUGCGCCACCUGCUGCUGGGCCAACGGCUGCAACUGUGUCGGCCCAGCCUUUACCUGCCCGUGUGGUGGGAGUGUGGCAAACACGACCGUGACCUCCUGAUUGGGGCAGCCCGUCACGGUCUUAGCCGCACCGACUACUACAUCCUCAACGACCCACAACUCUCCUUCCUGGAGGCCCACCGCAACUACGUCCAAAAGGAAAAUCACAAGGGCUACCAUCCUGGGGUGCACCACGCAGGCAUGACACCCUCGCCCCACCACCACCCCUGCUGCCUGUACGAAACGGGCCUCGGCCAAUGCCACUCUCCACAGCCGCCGGAGUACCACCACCCAGCCACCCCCUCCUCCUCGUCGAUCCAUGCCCAUUCUCACCCGCACAUCCACGUCCAUGGUCACCCGCCAGAGAUAGUGGGCACGGAUCCCGGGGGCAGCCUAGGUAUGGUGUCUGGGCCCAGGGAGAGCUUCCUGGACUGCCCCCCUCUGGAUGAGUCCUUAGAGUUGGCCUCACUGCAGCAAGAGGGCCUGGCCUCAGAUUCCCUCCAUUGCAAGUCUGCCAAGGAGGCCUUCAACGGGUUCCCCUUCAACUCAGCGCAGGGUGGCCAGAGCAUGCUCAACUCGUAUGGUGUGCAGGGGGAGCUGAAUGGCGAGCAGUCAACCGAAAUGGACCCUAUCAUCUCGGGCAAGCUGCGCAGCGACGUGUUGGUGGGGGAGCAGGGCUCCUCUGAGGAGACAGGCCUCAUGGCGCCCUCGCUGGAGCUGGACCGGGAGCUGCAGGCGCCCUGGGAGAGCACGGACCACGCCGGCGCCGCAGACAUUUUCAACGACGCUGACCCUAUCCUGGGGGCGCCCGCCCUUGAGACGGAGUUCCUGGACCCCGAAGAGCAGCCGGAAGAUGGGGGAAGGGAGGACAGAGCAGGGGGAGUGCUUGAUGACUGCCUGGGUAUCCCCCACUCCCGGAGCGACCCAGGGGAACCGCUACCCUCCAGUUUUAUGCUGUUCAAGGACAUCGGCGUGAGCGAGGAGGAGCCUGCUGAGGAGCACACCGACCUCUCCGCAAGCUGCCCUUCACCCUACGUCCCCCCUCCGCCCCUGUCGCUGUCCCAUAUGACCUUGUACCCCCACCACCAGGGUGAUGCCGAGGAGCCAGAGGAGACGCCGAACUCGGACGCCGUCGCCCACAUGCCCAGCUCCAAGGAGAGAGAGGCAGAGGAUGAUGUGGCCUUUGAGUUUGACAAAGAGAUGUCUGUGGACAGUCUGUAUCUGGUGGGGCCGGAGCAGGGCCUGGAAGCAUCGGGUAUAUCAUGCGAGGACUCUCACCAAGAGGAGCCCUUCGAGGGUGCCUGCGAUGGGACGGGAAUGGGAUCUCCAGUAGAGUCAUUUGAGGCUGCUCUAGAGGGGCCAAGGGAAGAGACUUUAGAAAGGGACAUGGCCUUAGGGCCAGGGGAGGAGGGGCUUCUAGAAGGGCCGUUUGAAGAACCCUUGGAGAUGUCAGCCAUGGAUCCCCAGGAGGAGGAACCAGUGGAGGGGCCUCUGGAAGACUCUUGUAAAGACCCAGCACCAGAAGAACCAUUCGCAGGGCCCUUGGAAGAGCGUUACGACGUAGAACCAGAAGGGGCCUCCGAGGGGACUGCCGAAGCAGAGAGCACUUUCAGCGAACACACACUACCCACUGUUGACGCAACAGACUCUCUGCCCCCGUCCCCCUCAGUCCCCACGUCCCAGCCUGAGCCACAGAUCAAACUUGAGUUCCCUCUGGACCCAGAGAGCUCUGAGAGCAAGUCGGACAUCCUGGAGCCUGACAGCACUGUCCUCACGCCCAAACUGGAGCAGACAAAGGGGCUGCUGGAAGUGAAGGACGAGAUCGAGGAGAGGCCCCAAAAAAGGGGGAAAACUCCAGCCUCCGUGAUGGACAGCUAUGUAGAGGUGGCACGGUUUGCAGCCCCCAUGUCCAUGUGUGAGAUGCCUGACAGUCUGCAGGACGCGAGGGAGCCUACCAUCGCCCAACUGCUGCAGGAGAAAGCCCUCUACUCCUUCUCUGAGUGGCCAAAGGACCGGGUGAUCAUCAACCGCCUGGACAGUAUAUGUCACGCCAUCUUGAAGGGGAAGUGGCCCUCGUCCAGCCAGCAGUAUGACUCUCCCAGCUCUCUGGCAAACACCUGUGUGCCCAACAGUGUGCACCAGAGGGCUGGCUUCAUCUCAACCAGGGUACAGCCAUCCCAGAACCUUAACUUCAACAUCCCAGCCCCUUCUGUCACCCGCCUGCCCAAGUACAAGCAAAGAGGUGCCGGAGAAUGCAGCCCAGGAGGCUGGAGGUUGACAUCCUUGCCUCUCUUGCAGGAGAGGCUGGUGGCGCCGCCCUAUCUGCCCGAACUAAAGCGGGGUAGGCGGUCGUUUGAGUACGAGGGCGUGGUGCUCAGCAAGCAGUGCCACUCAGGGGAGAAGAUGCCCCUAACGGUGCCGCACCAAGGCGGGGCGCUGCUGCUCAACGGCUGGCAGGAGGCGGCCAUGGACCUCUCCAAGGCCGGGGAUCUGGGCAUUGGGGGCGAAGUUGCAGCCACUGUAGACCACAUGAGCCACCAGGUCCACCCUAGUUCCCACAAACUGCCUGCCAUGGGCGCCAUGCAGAGUGUCAUUCAGAGUGCCAUGCAGGGCUCGGUGGGAGUAGACAUGGCCGGGAUCCUGCAGGCAGGUCUCAUCCACCCCGUCACCGGCCAAAUCGUCAAUGGCAACCUGAGGCGCGACGAUGCCUUCAUGCGCCGAAGGCGAGGCAGACGGAGAAACGUGGAGGCUGUCGACAUGGGGUUCGUCAAGAGCAGAGGAAUGCACGUGCCGGAACAACAGGGUAGGGUAGAAGUCAUCAGCCAUUCUGCGGUGUCGUCCACCUCCUCCCCACCGGAGUGCCCCCCGGGACCCUCCACACCCACCCAGCCAGAGGUGGUGGCCAUCGACAGAGAGGCUGCCAACAAGGGCCUGAUGGAAUGGCUGCGGCAGAAUCCUAACUACAACAUGGAACUGCCCACUUUUGCACCGUCUCCUGGCGCAGCGAUGUUGCACAGCUUUGUGGAGCGGCCCAAACAGCGGAGACAUCGCUGCAAAGACCCCACCAAGCUGGACGUCAACUCCCUAACAGGGGAGGAGAGGGUGCCCGUGGUCCACAGAAGCACUGGCCGCAGGCUUGGGGGUGCUAUGGCUCCAGCAAUCAAGGAGCUCUCCCGAUGGCUGGAUGCGAAUACUGAGUACUACGUGGCACCCGACUGGGCAGAUGUUGUGAAACACUCUGGCUUUCUUCCCGAGGGAAAGUACACGCGCAUACUCACAGAGCCUGUGUGCCGCGACCAAGGGCCCCGCCGCCGGGGCCGUCGUCCUCGCAGCGAGAUGCCCAAGCCCCUCCUCUCGGAGUCACCCAUGGGCCCACUCUUCAUGAACGGCAGCCUGAUCGGCAGCAUGGACUUGGUCAGCCUCCAGAACCUCCGCAAUGUCCAGGGCAUCCCACUCACGGGCCUAAUGGGAUUCCCCCAUGGCUUCGCCGUGUCCGCUGGUGAAGAUGCCAAGAACGGCCUGAGCAUGCUUCCCAUGAUGCUCCACGGCAUACAUGGCUCCCCCCACAUGUUCAGUGUUCAGGGGCUGAUGGGGCAGCCGCUCACAAGCUCCGCUCCCACCUCCUCAGCGGCUGCAGUUAGCACCACUACGGCAUCCUCCGCGGCCAGUAGCCCCUCACGAGGCCCCAGCCAGGCGUCUUCGAGCACACAGGCAGAUGGCUCCGGCAUGCAGUCUGACGGAGAGAGAAAGAGGGAGGACAAGCAGUCGACAGAGGAAAAGCAGCUAGGUGCGAUAGGCAGCCACAGCAUCGCAGCCAUCACCACUGCGGCGGCCAGCAGCAGCAGUGGCGUCAGCAGUAGCAGUGGCAGCCACCUGGCCUUCAACCCUUUCCUUGUUCCAGGGUUGUCCCAUGGACUGCUGUACCCUCACAUGUUCCUCCCACACGGGGGCAUCAUGGCGCUGCCAGGAAUGCCGCCCACAGAGUCCUCCGGCAGCCCUAAGAGGAAGAAGAAAAGAACAAGGGAGGAAGGGGUGGUGGAGGAGGCAAGCACCCACAGCCACUUACAGACAGACAGUGGGCCUCCGAAAACACCCAGCGAUGGUCAGACUGGGGAGAGCACGGUUGACCAGGCCGGGCCGGAGGCUAGGGAGCAUCAGAUGGAGGAUAACGUUCAGGAGGAGAUAACAGGACACGACUCCCAUGCUUCUCCAGAGGUCAAACCAGAGAAGAGCAUUGAAGAGGAGAGAGAAACAAAGGAGAAUAGAGUGAUGGAGGAGGAAAAACUGCCUGGAGAUGAGGAGGAGAGAGAGCCAAGGGGGGCACAGGAUUCACAAUAGACAUCUCCCUCUUUCUUACCGUGCAAAAGUGUAAAGUUUGUGGUGUGUAAGUUAAUGUUCCUGUAAAGACUUUUAUUAUUCACUUAAUGUUUAUAGAGCUCCUGCCCUGUAGCAAACUUGUGAUUAUGUUAUACUGUAUAUACCCACACAUGCUCCAUUCAAGAACUUCAUGAAAGUGAUGGACACUCCUGCAUGCAAACACACACUUGCAAGCAACUGAAGGGAGGAACUGCUAAUCAGUAUUACAUGGUUGUCACAGAUCAAGCAGCCUUGACGGUCUGCUGCAUCAUGAUCGUGGCACUUUAAAGCUGCAAUAUGUAACUUUUUGGGCAACCUGACCAAAUUCACAUAGAAAGGUGAGAUAUAGAUCUGUCAUUGUCAUUGAAAGCAAGUCUAAGAAGCGGUAGAUCUGUUCUGUGCGCUACUUCUAUGCUCCCCGUUCUUAAGUUUUGUUUUUGCGUCUUUUAUUUUGUUUUGUACACCAGCUUCAAACAGCUGAAAAUGAAACAUUUUUGGUUAUUCAAAGUACACUAUCGUUCAAACGUUUGGGGUCACUUAGAAAUUGUCCUUGUUUUUGAAAUAAAAGUGCAGUAUUGACAUUGUUAAUGUUGUAAAUUACUA